UAGUAGUUUACAAUCUUUGCGCAUUAGUGUUGUUAGUGAGUAUUACGCGAGUUGUGUGACAAAGUAAGAGUGACCAGUGAGUUGUAGCAACUUUGGUUCUCAGUGUUUUUGUUUACGUAAUUUUUGUUUUCCCCGCAUCGCCUACGGAGGAGUGUGAUUUCACGUAAUGCCUGCAGUGUUUUGGAACAUGCUUUCCUGUGUUUUGGAGGGUUAACAGUUCAUCGUCCUUCGGAUCCACGCCUUUUAAAACAUGGCGGAGGUGUCGCCGCCUCCAUCUUCGGCGCCCACCACAGCCAACAUCGUCAAGGAGGGGUGGCUCUUCAAGAGGGGGGAGCACAUCAAGAACUGGCGGUCGCGCUACUUCGUGCUGCUGGACGACGGCUCGCUGGUGGGCUUCAAGAACAAGCCGGAGCACGCGCUCUCCGACCCGCUCAACAACUUCACCGUCAAGGGCUGCCAGAUCAUGUCGGUGGACCGGCCCAAGCCCUACACCUUCAUCAUCCGCGGCCUCCAGUGGACCACCGUCAUCGAGCGCACCUUCCACGUCGAGUCCGACAAGGAGAGGGAAGAAUGGGUUGCUGCGAUCCGUUACGUAGCGGACCGCCUUGCGGGAUCGGAGGAUGUGGACAUGCCCACAUCUGACCUGGAUCGGAGUGCGUCCUUCGGUGACAGCUUUGACAAUGGCUCGUCUGCAGCUCUUAAUGAACUCGGUGCCAAGUUUUCUGUACAAGGCACCUCGAAUAGCAAAUCUUCCGGAAAGAAGAAAGUGACACUAGAGAAUUUUGAGUUCCUUAAAGUCCUUGGAAAGGGGACAUUUGGCAAAGUAAUCUUAUGCCGAGAAAAGGCUACUGCACACCUUUAUGCAAUAAAGAUUCUAAAGAAGGAGGUUAUCAUCCAAAAGGACGAAGUGGCCCAUACCCUGACGGAGAACAGAGUGCUGCGGACCACAAGCCAUCCAUUUCUCAUUUCGCUGAAGUAUUCAUUUCAGACAGCUGACCGGUUGUGUUUUGUAAUGGAGUAUGUGAAUGGUGGAGAACUCUUCUUUCAUUUAUCGAGAGAGAGAAUAUUUAGUGAAGAACGGACACGCUUCUACGGGGCAGAAAUCAUCUCGGCACUUGGAUACCUGCAUGAAGAGGGCAUCAUCUACAGGGAUCUUAAGUUGGAGAACCUCUUGCUCGACAAAGAUGGUCAUAUAAAGAUAGCCGACUUUGGUCUGUGCAAAGAAGACAUCACAUAUGGCCGGACCACAAAGACUUUCUGCGGAACACCAGAAUACCUAGCUCCAGAGGUCCUCGAGGACAACGACUACGGGCGUGCUGUCGACUGGUGGGGCAUCGGCGUGGUCAUGUACGAGAUGAUGUGCGGUCGGCUGCCUUUCUACAAUCGUGACCACGAUGUGCUCUUCACCCUGAUUCUGAUGGAGGAUGUACGCUUCCCACGGAGCAUCUCCAAUGAUGCCCGUGACCUCCUAAGUGGGUUGCUCGUUAAGGAUCCCACCAAGCGGCUCGGUGGAGGGCCGGAGGAUGCCAAGGAGAUCAUGGCUCACCCGUUCUUUCGUUCCAUAAACUGGAAUGACCUUGUGCAGAAGAAGAUCAAGCCACCUUUCAAGCCACAAGUGACAUCCGAUACAGACACCCGGUAUUUCGAGUCGGAGUUCACUGGUGAGAGUGUGGAGCUGACGCCACCCGAACAUUCGGACAGCGCUCUGAACAGCAUCGCAGAAGAGCUGGAGCAGACGGGGCCGUAUUUCUCGCAGUUCAGCUACCAGGACCUGACUGGCAGUAGUAUGCUCAGUUCUACGGCCGGCACUUCGAUCGUCUCCUCCUCCUCGGCGGCGGCCAGCAUGCAGUAGUGUGCUGCGGUCACCGACCUCGUCCUUCCGAGAGGAACUCCACCUUUCCGGGGCUCGAUUUGAAAGGACCCUGUGCCACUGUUCCCAUUUUGAACCGACGCACGCAGUUUCCCGGGGACCGAGAGACAGCUCGAUAUAUUGUGCACGUACCCGGUAUGGGAGUGACGGAUCAGGAUAGUGAUGGGCUGUAAUGGGAGAUGCGACGAAGACAGAGCCUCUGAGGUCGUUUCGACACCCGUAGGAUACCGGUGUAGCUGCCCGGAACCGGGCCGUAGGCAGAUUCUAGGAAUCCCUGCUCUGGAGAUUUUUUGACUAAAAUUGACAAUAGGGGUAGGAAAAGGAGUCUGCUUGUGCAAUACCUAUGUUGCCCUAUUCUGGAAGCAAAUGGAGCCUGAUCGCUGAUACGGCUGCAAAUAAUUAGACUGUGACCAGUUUGUGGUCUGUCAUUGCAUGAUCGUGUGUGUGUGUGUGUGUGUGUGUGUGUGUGUGUGUGUGUGUGUGUGUGUGUGUGUGUGUGUGUGUGUGUGUAAGUAGUAUAUAACAUACAUUAAGAGGGAUUCUGUUGAUUUCAGCUGGUAAGAACAUUUUAUAUUUCAAGCAUGGUCAUUUCAUGCAUAUUGUGCAGACUGUACAUUUCUCUUUCUUUUUUUCUUUUAAAUUAUCACUGUAAAUUUAAUGUCCAUCAAGCCAGAAACAAAUUUCUGGCCUCUAUGCAAUGGUGAAAUUUGGUACCUUUGUUAGUACUUCAAUAUUGUUAGUGCAAGGUGAGCAAAGCUCUUUGGGCUUAAUUUUCAUGUUUCUUUCCUUUUUAUUUACAAGUGCAUAUUCACCAGUUUUAUUGCAUUGUUAACAAGCAAUACAGGGACAUACUUUGUGGGCAACUGCACUGGGGCUCCCUUUGUAUCUCCUAGUUCUUUCAUUGUGAAAGAACUGAAACCAGUUUGGUAAUUUGUUUAAUGGCGUACUGUGGUUUGGAAGAAUUAAGUACUUGGAGACAGUGUAGUUAGCAUUCCAUUUUGUUAGUUUCCAUGAGUAGCUUUAGAUCACACCACAAAAUAAGUCAUUAUGUGAAUACCUGCUGGAGCAUCGUAUGUUGACUGCCACGUGUUUUUGCAAAGUGAGCCAUAAAUACCUAUUAGAUUUUGGUGUUAGAAUUCAAAGGUAGGUACAAAGGGAUAUACCAGUUUGCGUGAGUGUGCCUGUAGGUAAUUAAGUCUAAGCCUUCCUGAAUGGAUAUGAAAUGACUGUCAGUUUUUUCAUACUGCAAGGGGAUCAUGUUGUUAAAUCCUGUGUUGUACAGUUAGGAAUAAAUUAUGGAUAACAGUAACUAGAAUGUUAGAUUUUACACACUCAACCAGAGAAGCCACUACUAUAAGUAGUAACACAGUUAUCUUUGUAUACAAAUGAACUUAAAGGUUUAUAAUUAAUUUGUGAAAUAAUGAAUUAAAAGUCGUCUUAAGAGUACUAUAGGUGGAUGUGACAACCACUAUUUUAUUGGCACUAUUGUGGUACAUACAAAAGGCAGCCAAUGUGAUUACACCCAGAAUUAUCUUCUACUGUUGAAUAUUGUACAUUUCUGACAAAAUCCAGAGUGAAGGAAGCAGUUAUGGGUGAGUGUUGUUACAUGCUAUAGAUAUGUUUAAAUACUAUAUGGAUGUGUUGACAGAGGUCAAACCUUGACAAUGAUACUUCCAUUUGUUGUGAUAGUAGCUCAUUAACACAUCCAGCUCCUCCUUUUAAAGAGCUAUUUAUUAUUGUUGCACAGAAGUUGAUUAUACCAUUCAGUUCUGGGCCAUGUAGUAAGAAGCAGAUUUAUGUUAUUGAUGUCCCAAUUGUGUGCUAAAUGAUCUGGUAGUAGUUCUCUCUGCUGGUGGAAGUAUUAUUGAAACUUAAAUUGUCUUGCCUAUUAGUAGUAUGUACUGUCUUUGAUAAUGUUUAAAGGGUGACAGUAACAUUUAGGCAAAUUUAGAGAGGUGAAAAAUGUGCAAAUUUUGACUGGUAGGAAUAAAGUAUAAUAUUUCCCUUUUUUAAAUGGUGCCAGUGCUGUACCCGAAUCGUAUGGCUAGAAACAUGAUGUAGCAAAGAGUGAUUAGUUUUGUCUUAUUAGCACUAAAAAUGCAAGCUUCAUAACAGUGCUGAACAGUUACAACUGGUGCUCUAUAACUCCCCUCAUUGGAUAUGGAAAUCUAAUUUUUCAAACAUGAAAAAAUAUCAAAAUGUUCUCAAGCUUCCAGCCAUGUCAGGUCGAUGUAUAACCAUUUGCUGCGGCUUGAUGAGACUAUGCAUUUGUACCUUAAUCUGUAGCAUUCAAUAAAUUAUUGUGUGAAGUACAUUAGAAAUUAACAGGUAGCUUUUUCAAAGACUAGUUUCUUGUUGCAUCUUGCCAUUUCUGCUUAAAUAGUCUAUGCAACUUUUUGGCACUAGUUUGAGUGGAAAA